AUGUCUCGGCCAUUCAUGAGAGUCCAUCGGCAGUCGAAUUACCGUCAUGCUGGUGAACCGAUGAGAGCGGGAUGCAGAGUGCAAGGACUCGGUGCAUCGCCAUUGAUGAGCAGAGUCGCCACAGAGAUGGAUCCUGCGGAGGGCAACAGGCCCAAUGAGAUCUGGACAGAUAUGCAUGACCGACUCGAUGUUCGGCCUGCUCAUCGGAUCAUGUCGCAGCGUUGCAUGCGCUUCCGAUGCCGCAUUAUCAGAGGGCGAGAGCUGAGAUCAGCGGAGGUGCGCACUCAGUUCUGCGAGGACACCACGAGCAUGUGUAAUGCUAAGAUGCACUCCAAGCAAAACGAUCGAGCAAGCCAGGACGACAAUCAGGCCCAUGACCGCUCCGGUGGACACGAGGAUAUACCACGAGCUCUGGAGAAGGACGUCAAAGCCGGUGCGGCCAUUCCGCGUGGCGCACUGCGCUUCGGUGUCUGUGCAGAGUGGGACGGGAGAAAUUAG